AUGCGAGUCGCAACGCUCUUGCCCGUGGUUUGGGCCUUGACUUCCGCCACCAUCCUAACUCCGCCAAGCAAAGCGGUGGCACCCAAAAUCCCGCCUGCGGCCGUCCCCGAAAUCCCACUUGCGGUCGCCCAAGAAUUGGACCCCAAACUGCUGUCUGCUCUCGCUAGGAUUAUCGCUGAGAUAAAGAAGGGCAAGUAUCCGAUAGGCGGACCUCUGGUUAUCAAGGACGGCUUGCUCGCCGAACAAGGUAUUUCCGGUGAGAGUCUAUCGCAGCUUUUGAGUCUCUACCUCCCGAAGCCGCCGAAAAAACUCGUAGAGGCACCUGCGAAAGUGAAACUUCUGCCCAAGCUUCCGAAAGCUUUGCCCGGUCUUACUCGCCUUCCUCCUUACGUGACCGGCGUGGAGGCAGUAUCUGCGGCGAGCUUGCUCAAAAACAAGGUGUUCCCUCAACUCGCUCCCGGAAAUCCGGCGCUUUCGUUGGCUAAGCUGAAUGGCCUGCCCGUGCUCGUCAUCGUGGCCAAACCUGGGGCACUUGCUCCUGACGCCCACGAGGCCCAAGCAAUCUUGGAAAUUCCGCCUGGCCCGACCUAUUCUAAGCGGAAAAUCAUAUUCCCUGCUGAGGCAGAAAUAUCGCCUGCGGAUCUGAAGAAGGUCAUUGCGGCGAAAUAUGUCCCGAAGAAGCCCGUGCUCGCCGUCGAUGUCGUGAAGCCAAAAGUCGUUCCUGCCUACGCUCCAGAAUUAUUGCUCCCCGGCGUAGUACCGGAGUCUACGGUCCCGGACUUGACCGUGACUGAUGCGCCGUCGAUCCUCGUCAAGCCGCUGGACGUAGCACAGGUGCCUUACGCAGGAACGGAAGCUCCCGCUCCAGCCGUAGCCUUAGUGGAGCUUGCCGGAGGGGCAGAACUCGCCGAGGCUGCUGACGGCACAUUGCUGCGUUCGGCCGGUGCGAUUUCAGAUUCCGUCGAUGCGGUUGACCCAGUGGAUUCCGCCCCCCCAGCUGAUGCUGCUGGCCUCGCCGAUCCAGCUCAAGCCGAGCCGAGCUCAGCGGACAGCGCGCGGAGCCUGAGCUCGCCCUCCGAGCCUCUUUCCGAGGUAGAAGCGCCUGGUCAGAAGAUUUCAAUCUCAUAG